AUGGAGGCAGCAAUCGCUGUGAAGACAGUCGCCGCCUGUUUUCCGGAUUGCGAAGUCAAGCCACGGUCAUAUCCGGGUGGUGAUCCGGAGAUGGCGGGGAGUGUCGUCGCCUCGAGUCCUCCUUUGCUGAUGGUUAGCCAAGCCGCGGUGAAGCAGAGAAGAGAAGGUUGGCGCCCAACCAGCUACGGGUCAGGCGGUCGGAAGCAGGGGCGCGCACCAAAGAAAGGUAGGAAGAUCAAGGCGAAAGCGACGGGCGAAUCGCGGGGCGCAAUGAGGGCGAUCAAGGACAACAACAACAACAACGACAACAACAAAAAGAAAAAAGAGGAAAAAAGAAAACAGAGGGAGGAGGGAAAGAAAAGAGGGACGAGAUUGGAUUGGUUUGGGUGGAGGGUGGGCCAAGAUCCCGUCCCAGCGGAGUGGCUUGCGAACAACAACAACAAUAACAAUGAUGACAACAACAACAACAACCACAACAGUGACAAAACCACAACCCCAACACAAAACGCGUUUGGAUCAGGGCCUAGUGGGUUUGACAAUUGA